UUUUGAUCAUAUUAAGAGAAUUAUUAAGUACUUAGGCCAUCAAGCCUCCUAUCCUUUCCAAACUGGAACUGAAACUGAUAUUCUAAGGAUAAACAUAUUUAUUAUUUUGAUUUUAUUUCAUACAAAAAAUAAAAAAAAUAAAAAUAAUAUUAACUUAAUCAUAGUAAUAAUCUUUGUGUUUAUUACUUGAUAAUACAUAUGCAUAUUAUAUAAUAAAUUGAUUAUGGGAUGAAAUUUGAUCUCGCGUUAUUUGAAUGCCUGCUGAUACAUUGAGAGAUUGGCUAACAUGAAUACAGAAUAAACCGAAAUGAAAUAUCAAAAAUUCCCUACUUUAUUCGCCGAAUAUGAAUCACUAAUCUGCAAAUCUUAAAAAUACCAUUGCAUCAGUGUAUGAAUGGUUGUAAAGAAUAUGAAAAUGUAUAUAAAAUGUAGAGUGUGCCUAUGUAUCGGUCUAUUUUUCUGUACAUAUAUUGUGAAUAAUAUAGUGAAUAGUGAAUUUAUGGAGAUCCAUAAUUUACCAAAAUUUAUCAUGGAACCAAUGGAUAGAAUUUAUUAUUCAUCUAAUCAUCCAUCACAAUUUAUUACUAAAUUACAAUUAUAUGCAUUAAUUACACCGAAAAAUGCUACAAUACAACUUGGUGCUGUACAUAAAGAUAAACCAAAUAUGAUUAUAUAUUUACCGACAGUUAUAGAAUAUUCAACGGAAUCAUAUUCAAUGACAUUUGCUCAAACUCAUGCUAAAAUUCAAUCUAUUUCAUUCAAUGAUCAUUUAGAUCAUUUAAAUGAUCUCAUUUCAUAUAUAAAUAAUUUUGAUAAUAGUAAUAGUAAUGGUAAUAAUAAUAAUAAUAAUAUUAAUAUUAAUAUGAAAGAAAAUAUCAAUCUUUGGUCAAUUACUGUAUAUAAUUUUUUACCAGAUAUGAAAUUAUUAGUCUUAGCAACUACAAAUUAUGGUACAAUGACUAGUCAUUUAAUUGAUUUGAAAACAAGUGUUCUUCCAGCUUUCCCACCUCAUUCAGAUAAAUAUUUAUCACUCCUUAUUGGAAAUACAGCAAUUAUUAUUUGUCAUUUACCACCGUCACAACCAUCAUUACCUACAGUACAUUUUUAUCAUAACAAUAUAAGAUUAGAUUUAACACAAACUGACAGAUAUCGUUUAAUUUAUAUUGGUGGUGAUGAUUCUGGGUUACCAUGGGAAGUAUAUUCACAGAAACCUCAUUUUAGACAAGAACAUUUAAAGAAAUACAAACCAAGUGCUGUUAUCUUGCUCAUUCAUUCACUUCAACUUUCUGACACUGGACAAUAUUAUUGUUCAGUAAGCUUAUUCGAUAAAACAAUUUCAUCAAAUCAAAGAACUCAUCUGGUUGUGACAAAACCAAAUGAAAAAAUUUGGACCCAUUUAAAAUUUUCAUCAGAUGAUCCUGAUCUAUCUUAUUUAUAUAAUACAAAUAAUGAAAUCAAUUCAAAUACUCUAACUAUUCAUAAUGAUAAUAAUAAUAAUAAUCCAUUGAAUACAAUUAAAGAAAUCAACAUUAAUGAAAAUACAAAUUUAACAUUAUUUUGCAUAUUUGAAAGUGCCCCAGUUGUUUCAACACGUUGGUAUUAUGAUGGAUUUAUGGAAAAUAUUGAAAUUAAUCAAAAAUUUGGUGUAUUAAUCAUUAAAUACGCUAGACUGGAAAAUCAAGGUAUUUACACUUGUUCAGUGGAUAAUUCUCAUUCGAAGCUUAUUGGAAAAUCUUUUCGUAUUAUAGUAAAAAGAUCACCGAUAACCACCAGUUCAUUAAAUCCAAAAGUGAUUAUUACUGAAAGUGGAAAACAAGUUACUUUAAAUUGUAAUAAUAAUAAUAAUAAUAAUACAUUACAAAACAAUAAUAUAAUGAAUAAGUAUAAAAUACCAUUUCCAAUGUCACCAACACUUGAUGAAUGGAAUAAAUGGGAUUUUAAUAAACGUGUUAAUAAUUCAAACGAUCAUAUGGAAAAACGAUAUAACAACAAGAAAUUCAACUAUUCACCAUAUAUUAAUCAAUGGAUUCAUAAUGGUCAAUUUAUUACAAUGAAUGAGAUCAAAAAUAAUAAUUAUCAUUUUGAAGAUGGAUUAUUGAAAAUAUUAAAAAUUGCAAAAUCAGAUACUGGUAUCUAUCAGUAUAUGAAAAGUACUCAGUAUACCAAUAGGAUUGAUGAUAAUCCUAAUGAAAAUGAAUAUGAUAGAGAAUCCGUCAACUGUAAAUUCUAUAUUCAAUUAAACGAUGAAAAGUUUGUUCAUAAUGAAACUGAUGAACAAAUCCAAACAAUUUAUGAGCAUACCGCUGAAGGUUUAACUGGUCAUUUGAAUUGUAAUCUAUCAUCAUUACUUUUAAUUGAAAGUUCUCAAAAUAUUAAUCAAUUAAAUAAUCAAUAUCAAUGGUCAAUUUUAUGGUAUCGUAGUGUCACAUCAAAUGAACCACUUAAUAUUGAAUCAGUUAAUAAAGCAUCUGGUGGAAUUAAAUAUAUUAUUAGUAAUGUGAAUGAAUAUACACAAAUACUUAGUAUUGUUAAUCCUAGAAAAAUUUCUGAUGAUGGUCAAUAUAUUUGUAGAGUUUAUAAUACAACAACAGGAAAACUUUUAGGUGAACAACGAUUUCAACUAAUAAUUGAAUCAAAUAAUGAUGAAGAUACACAUAAAAAUCUUAUGAAACAUGAAUCAUUUAUGACUAAAUCAUUAUCAUCUAUUCCAUCAGAAAUUCAUAGUAAAUAUGAAUUACCUAUUAAAAGAAAUGAAAAGGAAUUAGUUUUAAAACAAACUAUUCAUUAUAAUGAAAAACCACAAAUCAAAGUAUCACGACCGAUUGUGAAACGAUUGGCAAAUUUUACAAUGGCUAUACACAUAAAAUGGACAGUUUAUAAUAGUCCAAUUAAAGAAUUACAUUAUCAAUUAGGUGUAAAACAUUUAGGAAAUAUUCAACAAACUAAAUCUAUAAUGACAUAUUCAAAUGACUACCUAAAUUUACAGAACAAAUCAAAUACAGAGGAAUUUUCAGUUCUACCAAAUAUUUAUAAUAAUUCAAGUAUUAUAUUUGAUUCACGUGAUCUUUUUCAACCACAAAACUCUUACAGCUUACGUGUACUGGUUUUAGAACACCAAUUAUGGAGCCCUUGGACAGAACCAGUGAAUUUUGAUAAUAUGCUUGAUACUAAUUUACAAAUUAUAUCCAUUGUAGCUAAUAAUAAUACAUGUCUCUAUAUUGAAUGGAUUUAUAUACAAUCAAGAAAUCAUUCAUAUACAUCCAUUGAUCUAACUAAUUAUAAAGAUAUAACAUUCAUUAUAAUCUAUCGUAAUUUAUCUGAGAAUCUAAAUGAACGGAAAUCUUUAUUAGAAUUAUGGACUAAAUUUAUAUUGAAUAAUGAUAAACAAUUUCCAAUGGAUUUAUCUAAAAUCAAUCAAUUAGAUGAUUUAUAUAUACGUCGAAUAAAUAGUGAUAGUUCAUUGAAAGGUUAUUUACUUGAUGGAUUACAAUCUAAUGUAACAUAUGCAGUAUCUGUUUAUAUUGAAGUAACAAAAAUUGAUCAUUAUCAACAUCAAAAAUACUUUACUCGUUUAAGUAAUGAAGCUGUUCAAAAAACUUUACCAAAUAUUACUUCAUCAUUGAAUAAUGAAAAUAAUUUUCUUGCAAAUAAUUCAACUAAUGAAAAUAUAAAUAAAAUGGCGGAUUCAUUUGCUCAAUCAACAUCAAAUAUAAAAUCUAAAAUGACAGGACAAAUUGGUAAUAAAAAUGAUUUAAAUGGUAAAUUAACUAAAAGUUAUCAACAUGACAGUUAUGUGUUAAUUGUAAUACUUGGUUCACUUGCUGGUGUAUUACUAAUUAUAUUCAUUGCACUGAUUACAUUUUGUAUAUGGUAUCGAUUACAUUUGAAAUCUCGAUAUCCUAGAGGUUAUUUUGGUGGCUUAAGUGAUUCACAACUAACUGAAACUCCAAAGCAGAGAACAAUUACUGAAUGGGAAAACUUUCAAUCUCAACCAAUUUCAACAAGUGAUAAUCAUCAAACAUUUCCACGUACUACAGGUAAUCUUCAUCUACAAUCUUUAGGUGAUCAACAGAAUUUGAUUACAGAUUUGAAUAAUUUUGCUACAUUACAACAUCCAACACAGUGGAUACAACAGUCUCAAGUACCAUGUGAAAGUAAUUGUAGGAAAUCUAUGGUUCUUGAUGAAACACUGAAGACAUAUUGGCCAAUUAUAAAUUCUAAUGAAGCAAAAGUAGCAUUUAUGAAAAAUCAUAAUCAUGAAAACGUAAUACAUAGUUCUCCAUUACUACCCCUUUACAAAGAUUAUUUACUGAAACAGACAAAGCAUCAAUCAAUUAAUGGUACCUUCUCAGAUGGUCAAGUAGGCAAUCAGAUUGGGAGUUUAGAUGGAAUAUUUCAAGAUAUCACUGUUGGAGAGCAGUUCAAUGGUGCAAAUAAACUUUCAAACAAGGAUAAUCAACUUACAAAUGACCAGUCUUCAUCUAUCUAUUCACAUAUUGAUUCGGAUUCAACUGUCAAUGAAUUAUCACAAUUUCACUUGGAUAGAUUCAACUCAACUUUAUCUCCUACAACACAAUCUGAUUAUUCAGGAAUUGGUAAAAAUAUUUUAAAUUCUUUACAAACUAACAACAAUAACAAUAUAAAUAAUAGAAAAGAAAUUUCAUGUGAUUCCUCACAGCCAACUAGUUUAUCAUAUACUGCCAAUUCAAUCUAUCCAUUUCUCAUUAAACCAGAUGAUCUUGUCAGUUUACCUUUAAUAGGACAUCAAGGAAUGAAUACAAAUGAUACGAAUUCAUUUUAUACUACUGUACCACCUCUUCGACAUAUACAUCCAUAUCCAUUUAAUGAAAAUCUAUCAAUCAAUCAAUCAGAUCAAUUAAAAAUACCAAUAAAUCAAUAUAAUAAUAAUAAUAACAAUAUGAUAAUUCAACAAAAUGAUCUCAUCAAACAUCUUCAAUUAUUGAAUAAGAAUCAAUUCAUUUAUGGAUCAAAUAUAUUGAAUACUUUAACUACACCAUUAUCAGCCUAUACAGAUAAUUUAACAGCUACAUUAACAUUACAACAAUGGAUUGAAUAUAUGAGUAAACCGGAAUUGAUUAAAAAUAAUAAUAAUAAUAAUAUGAAAUUAUAUAAUGAAUUAUAUAAGAAAAUAGAGAAUAGAUCAAAUAUAAAACAAUCUAAUAUACAAUUCAAUAAAAUAGAACAACAAACUAUAUGUAAUGAUAAUAAACAAUAUCAUAAAAGUCCAAGAGAAAAUCUUAGUUCUAGUUUUGCUGAUAGUGGAGUUGAUCUUCCAAAUACCAAUAACCUUGAAUCAGAUAUUAUGGAACAUAAUUUAAGUAAAAAUGAUAGUCCAAUAGAAAUUCGUACAAGAAAUUCAAGUAUCAUACGACCUAUAGAAAGAGUUUCAUCAGGACCAUGA